GCGCCCGUGCCCGUGUUAGUGAGUCGUGCGUUUUGUCAACAGCGGUCAGUUUCUGUGAGGAUUUGCACUUCGAAACAAAAUUUGGAAGGCAUUCUAGGAGCGCGUGCCUAUUCAAUAUCUUAUUAGACGUCACAGGUAGCCUAAUAAAUUAUCCAAAAUGCUGAUCAAAGUAAAGACCCUCACCGGCAAAGAGAUCGAAAUUGACAUUGAGCCGACAGACAAGGUAGAGAGGAUCAAAGAGAGAGUCGAGGAGAAGGAAGGCAUUCCCCCUCAGCAGCAACGACUCAUCUUCUCUGGAAAACAAAUGAAUGACGAGAAGACUGCCCAAGACUAUAAAGUUCAAGGAGGCUCGGUGUUGCAUCUGGUCCUGGCGUUACGUGGAGGCUGCUUUUGAAUUCCCGAUCACACACCAAACAUCUCUGCUUUAAAUUGUACGCUGGCGACGAUGAAUAUUAUUUACUGCAAGCACUGACGGAUAACUUUUAAGUGGUUUACAUUGGUCUAAAUGCAUAGAGAUGGUUAAAGAAAACAGGCAAAUCUUGCUUUAUUUGUGCGAAUUAUAUCUGUGUAAAGAUUUCACUAGCAAAACAGACCCAAUGUAACGAAGAAACAAUUUGGACUGUCUCGGAUGAAUUGAAUAAAAUAACAAUCAAAAUUAUGA